AUGGCCAAUAAACCCAGCGUCUUAUUCGUCUGCGUCCACAAUGCCGGUCGCUCCCAAAUGGCCGCCGGCUACCUGAGCCACCUUGCCGGCGACACCAUUGAGGUCCGUUCCGCCGGAUCGGUCCCAGUCUACUCCAUCAACCCUGUCGUCCUCGAGGCCAUGCUCGAAGAAGGUGGAUCGUUACGCGCGGUAACUGCAUCUGGCUCUAUUUGA